GUCUCUCUUAGCUAGAUUCUUUGUUCUUUCAAAUAUUCUCUCUUAGAGUAUUAGUUCUAGGUACCUAGUAUAUUCUAGAUAUACAUGAUCAACAUGUUGUCUACUAAAGCGGGUCGUCAUUCCCAUGGUCAAGACUCUUCCUACUUCUCAGGGUGGCAAGAGUACGAGAAGAACCCAUAUCACCAACUUGGUAAUCCAAAUGGAAUUAUUCAGAUGGGUCUUGCUGAGAAUCAGCUUUCAUUUGACCUUAUUGAAUCUUGGCUGGAGCAAAAUCAAGGCAUAAUGGAUUUGAAGAGGAAUGGAGAAUCUAUUUUCAGAGAACUCGCUCUCUUUCAAGACUAUCAUGGCUUACCUGCGUUUAAGAAAGCAUUAGCGGAGUUCAUGGCUGAAAUAAGAGGAAACAAAGUAAAGUUUGAUCCAGAAAAGCUUGUGCUCACUGCUGGUUCAACUUCUGCUAACGAGACUCUAAUGUUUUGCCUCGCCGAACGCGGCGAUGCAUUCCUUCUUCCGACUCCCUACUAUCCUGGGUUUGACAGAGAUCUUAAGUGGCGAACUGGAGUUGAAAUUGUUCCAAUACAUUGCUCGAGUUCAAAUGGCUUUAAAAUUACCAUGCCUGCAUUAGAAAAAGCCUACCAACAAGCCCUAAGACUUGGAUUGAAACCAAAGGGGAUACUAAUCACUAAUCCUUCAAACCCUUUAGGCACAAGCAUGACCCGCAAUGAGCUUAACCAUCUCAUUACUUUUGCCAUGGCAAAACAAGUUCAUUUAGUAAGUGAUGAGAUAUAUUCGGGCACUGUCUUUGACUACCCUAAUUUUAUAGGCAUAACAGAAGCUCUAAUGGACAGACAGCUAGAGAACACCGAUAUAUGGAACCGAGUUCACAUUGUUUACAGUCUAUCGAAGGAUUUAGGGCUGCCCGGUUUUCGGGUUGGUAUGAUUUACUCAAACAAUGAAACAGUAGUUGCUGCCGCUACCAGAAUGUCAAGUUUUGGGUUGGUUUCAUCUCAGACUCAGUAUUUACUUUCAAACAUGCUCGCCGACAAGAAAUUUACUAGCACAUACAUUGAGGAGAAUCAGAAAAGACUCAGAAAGAGAAAGGAGAAACUGAUUGCCGGGCUUGAAAAUGCAGGAAUCAAGUGCUUGAAAAGCAAUGCUGCUUUGUUUUGCUGGGUGGAUAUGAGACGUCUGUUAAAAACUCAAACUUUUGAAGCAGAAAAGGAGAUAUGGAAAAAGAUUUUAGGCCAAGUUGGACUGAAUAUUUCUCCUGGGUCUUCUUGCCAUUGCUCUGAGCCAGGAUGGUUUAGAAUGUGCUUUGCAAAUAUGUCUGAAGAAACAUUAACUGUUGCAAUGGAACGCAUCAAAAGUUUUGUAGAAUCAAUCAUCGCCAUCACUACCACCUCUUCCAAUCGGCAAAGAAAGACUAAUUAUCAUCAAAUGAUAUCUGAUCAACGAGUACAUAUCAAUAAGUGGGUUUCAAAGUUAUCAUCACAUGAUCUGGUACCAUUGCGUUGAAGGUUGUGCGGAAAAGCAUCAAUCUUCUAGAUAGGUUCAAAAUGUGUAGCAUUUUUAUGUACAAUAAUUAAUACAGUUUUAGGGUUAGUUAGCUGGCAGUUAAUAUAUCUACAAAAUGCCAAAAUUUUGAUCUUCUUUACGUAAGAUGGUGACUUAGGACUGGGCACCAUCAUGAAACUUCACAUUCUCUGAAAGAAAACUUAUUCUUAUUGUUUUUAAUGUUCGCACUUUUUUUUUUUAUUGUUUUUAAUGUAUGCUUGCUUGGUUAGUGUUUGUUUGGUCUUAUUCCUAAUAAGUAACAACAGUUGUCAUCAUGAAUAUGAAACGUACAUUAAUAAUUGAGUCCAUUUUUCUUUCUUAAGUAAAUGAUUUGAUAAAAAGAAGAUCUUAUAAUUUUUGCAAUCAGGUCGAAGAUAUAAGAAAAGAAAACCAACGGUUCUAUGUUUAAUUUCAU